GUCAGAUAGUCAGUAUGGACGGGUCGGGCCGGUCGGACCCCCCAGAUGUCUGUCCUGUCUAGGCCGGAGCGACGGUUUGUCCGUCGGGUUUGGUUUGCUUGGAGGCUCCAGUGGUCUGAAUGGCGGCCAGGAGCUGGUGCAGCCACUUCUUCAUCGCAGGGUCCUCUUGCAAACUGCGGGCAAACGUCUGGUCCCUAGACAUACAUCCAUCAAUCGCACCACCACACACACGUGCCCAUCCAUGUCUGUCUGUCUGUGCUCCUGCGGGUAGGGGUGUGUGUUGGGUUGGCCUGCCUGCCUGCCUGCCUUACUUGAGGCUGUCUGGGAGGCACUGCCGCAACGCCUCGCGGGCCCUGCACACAGCACAGGGAGGGACACUCACGCACAUGUAUGAAUGAAUGAAUGCAUGGAUGGAUGGAUGGCAUGGGAUGGAUAUCAAGCAAGCACGGUAACUAACAGCCAUGUCAUGUGUGAGUGUUGGUUCUUGUCUAGUCUUGUCUUGCCUGGGGUUUUCUGAGAGUCUGAGGUAGCAUCUGACGAUGUGUUUGAGGAGCCGCGCAGAGGGCAGAUCCGCCAACGUAGACACCAUGUUGGCCAACACAGUGCUCACCUGAGGGAUCAGAUCAAACACAUCACAUGAUGACAUACACAUCCGGACACAGACAGAUGGGAUGGGAUGGCCAAGACAGUGAGGUUACUUACAGCAUAGAAUCGCUCUGCGGUGGCACAUAUGUAGCUAAGCCCCAGGUCGUCCAGCAGGAUCUUCUGGACGAUGAACGUAGCCACCUGCACACACACAGCGACCGACCGACAAAUCCCAUACACACGGCCUGGCCUGUAGCCGCCCACCAAUCCAUGCAUCCAAUGUGUCAGUACCCGCUCUCACCCCACCGCACCGUUUUUGAGAGUUCGCUGCCCGUUUCCAUGAUCCUGAGGCACAGUGGUAUGAUCUCCGUCUGCAGGAGGAAGUUGAUCACACCCGGAUCGUCAACCUAACAAACAAAACAACCACACACACGGAUCGGAUCCAUAUGAAUGCCAUUGUGGGGAUGGGUCAGCGAGUGCGGGCGUCCCGUCCCGCAGUGUGUGUGAAGGGAAGGUGCCUACCUUGACGAAUGCGCCGAUGACCCCGAGUGAGGUGAGUCGGAGGUACUCGAACGGCCGGCUCUUAGACACCGUGUUCAAAAACGGGUACAGAAACAACGGGAUGUGCGCUGCAGUGCGCUCACACAAUCGCACCACACACACAUCCAAUCCAGGUGGGUGCACAUGGCCUGUCCGUCCCUCCCGCCCAUCCAAUCCAAUCCACGACCCGACCACCGACCGUACCAUUGAGGAAGAGUCUUCGUGUCUCAGGGUGGGAUGCGACGCACUGAAGUAGGGCCAGGGAGUUGCACACACGGUUCGACGCCGGAGCAGUCAGGUUGGGCGGCGACAGCUGAGGACUGCACACAGACGGACGGCAAACACACACACAACAGCGCACACACCAAACAUAUGACAACAAAGGUGGCUCACAGGCCCGUCAUGCGCUUCAGUUGAUUCUCUCUCUGCUUGCGUGUUCCUUGCUUCCGCUGACUAGAUGGUGACGAUUUCCUGUAGGAGUGCGGCGAUGGUGCCGAAUGAGUGCCAGAGGAUGGGUGCGAGGUCGUUGAAGCUCUCGCGUCGCUUGCUGAGCUCCAGCAGGGCAUUCUCCCGCUUGUCACUGUCGGUCAGGUCGCCCACCAGCUGGUAGAUCUUCUCCCUCUCAGCCGCUGAAGGCUGACCUGCCCCGGCCAUGCCAGAUGCCAACCAACACAACAACUGAUACGGCUAAGGAAGGAGGUUAAGGAAGGGGAUCGCAGGGCAUUAGCUCGCAGGUGCAAAGGCGUGGUAGUGUGAGGCUGAGGGCGAUGGCGAUAUGAAUGUGCGAAAAGGCCGGUGAGGACCUUUCCUGUAGUUAGCUGAAUAGAGGAUCUGCUGGGCGGUAAGUCCCAGAGUAAGAAUGCUUUUACUUUAAUAAGACCGAUGGACUGGCC